GGGCCGCGGGUUCGGCCGCUUCCGACGUUCGAAGACAGCUGGCCACCGGGGGCGCCAGAAGGCGGCCGGCGCUCUAGCCCGCCCGCGUUCUCUAUGGCCGCUGCGUUUCCGGGUUGCGCCGCCCGGUCCAGAGCGCCGCCCCAGCCAGCGCCGCCUUGGAGGAGGCCUGAAAGUUCUUUGGGGUUCUGACGCCCCCAGGACCCAAGGGCGCGGGUGCGGACGCCAGCCUGUCCAACCCUGGCCCAGCCCCAGAGCCAUGCCGCUCUGUGACCCGUGACUCCAUCCCGACCGGACCGGACCCCCUCGGAAGCACGCUGCCCCCACUCUGAGUGGAACCUCUCAUGCCGCCCCGGCCGGCCUUGAACCGAGACCCGGCCACUAGAGCUUGGGCCCCAGCGCCCCGCCUCCUCGCCCUGCGUGGGAAGCUGCUGCCGCUGGCCGGCCUUUACCUGGUGCAGGGCCUGCCCUAUGGGCUGCAGUCUGGGCUGCUGCCCGUGCUGCUGCGGGCCCGUGGCCUCUCCCUGACACGCGUGGGACUGGCCAAGGCGCUGUACGCACCGUGGCUGUUCAAGCUUGUGUGGGCCCCGCUGGUGGACACUCGGGGCUCCCCAAGGGCCUGGCUGACGCUCAGCACAGCUGCUCUGGGCCUGGUGUGUGGGCUGCUGGCAUCCCACCCUCCCGCCGCAGCUGGUCAGGCCGGGCUGCCUGUCACGGUGGCGGGGCUGCUUCUGCUGCUGAAUCUGGCUGCAGCUGUGCAGGAUGUGGCCCUGGACAUGCUGGCUGUGCGGCUCCUGGAGCCCGCAGAGCUGGGGCCUGGCAACACUGUGCAGGUGGUCGCAUACAAGCUGGGGGCGGUGCUGGCUGGGGGUGGGCUGCUGGCCAUUGUGCCCACCCUCUCCUGGCCCCUGCUCUUCCUGCUCCUGGCUGCCACUUACUGGUUGGCUGCUGCCUUGACCUGGGUGGCACCAGCCCUGCGACAGCUUCCCACACCUCUGCCCUCAGAACACCCCCGACACACUCUGCACCUUGGGCAGGACUUGCUGGCCGUGCCUGGGACCCUGUGGACAGUGGGCUUCGUGCUCACCUACAAGCUGGGCGAGCAGGGCACCAGCGGCCUGUUCCCACUGCUCUUGCUGGACUGCGGCAUCUCUACCCCAGAGCUGGGGCUGUGGAAUGGUGUGGGCGCUGUGGCCUGCUCCAUUGCUGGCUCGUCCCUGGGUGGGGCCCUCCUGGCCAGGCGCCGGCAGCCACUGCCCCUGUUGAAGUCAGCGCUUCAGUUCCGUCUUGGGGGCCUGGCCUGUCAGACUGCCAUGCUCUUUCACCUGGACAGCCCUGGGGCCAGCCUGGCCCCCAGCACAGUCCUGAGAGGGGCAGCCCUGCUGAGCCUGUGUCUGCAGCACUUCCUGGGGGGCCUGGUCACAACCACCACCUUCACCCUGAUGAUGCACUGCAGCCAGCUGGCACCAAGUGCCCUGCAGCAGGCCACACACUACAGUCUCCUGGCUACUCUAGAGCUACUGGGGAAGCUGCUGAUGGGCACGCUGGCUGGAGCCCUAGCUGACAACCUGGGGCCACGCCUCUGCUUCUCUGUCUUCCUCGCUCUCUCAGCCGCACCCAUGCUGUACCUGGGCCUUGCACCCAACACCCUGGCCUGAACUGGGUGUCCAGACUUACCAAUAAAGUGGAGUGUGCCUUU